AUGCUGGUCAUUAGAUUCCACGAUCAAAUCAACGUUAGCCAUAUGCUCUUCCUACUAGUUGACGCUACACUGUCUCUACUGCGAUCUUUACACGGGCUUUUACGUUGUUUGUCAUCGUCAGAGCGUUUUGCGCGCAAUCCAGAUGCUGUACGGCAUUUCAACUACUGGCUUGACCUAUCUGUUACACUCGCCACUGACACCAUUCAGUUAUUUAAUUAUAUCCAUCUCAUGUUUAUGUCACCACUCGGUUUCAACAUCACAUGCUUCUUUUUCUUCUACCAUAUCAAAAAUGCUUAUAACUCUAUUGUCAACACUCUCACCCGUCAUCAUAAGCAUAAUCAAAUCUUUCUCCAUAUUCAAUCCACCUAUCCUAAUGAGGAGGCUGAGGAAAGGGAUCUUUGUAUUGUCUGCUGGGAAAAACUGGGGCUAUCUCGUCGCCUUCCUUGCGGUCACCAGUUCCAUGAUUGGUGUUUGAUGUGGUGGUUGGCCCAGGAUGGAUCUUGCCCAACUUGUCGUCGCGCGGUGUCUGCCCCACCACCAAUGAAUCAACAACCUCCCCCAUCACCAGGAUCUACAACCACUUUCCGUUUUGGUGGAGGUUUUGGAUUUCUGCGACUUCCAUCGUUUUCAAUCGAAUUUUCCACGGGUUCAACUACCCUCAAUCCAUUUCUGAGGCGUCAAACCCAGCACGAUGAUUCGCAGUUAACGGGGAUGGCACAUCAGGUCAACGAGAUGUUUCCCCAAAUACCUGUUGAGACUAUUAUAGAAGAUCUGCGAAUAACUGGAUCAACACAAGCUACCAUAGAGAAUAUUUUAGAAGGACGAGUAGGAUUUAUGGCUGGCAUAAUGGGAAAUGAUGAAGAUGAUCAUCCUUGGCGAAUUAAUGGUGGAGCAGGAGAUAAUGACGACUUACUUUUUGACGAUGAUGAUGACAGCAGUGGUGAGGAAGCAGCGUCGUCAUCCGACUCAGCUUUCACCCCAUCUCCUCCGCAGCGC